AUGACUCACAAAGCCACAAUAAGUAAGAGGCCUACUUUAUCAGCAACUGGAACUUACAACUACAAUCUUGCGAAAUGGCUUGAACAAAAACUGAAGCCACUUUCUCUAAAUGAGUAUACAAUCAUCGAUGCCUUCAGUUUCGCUGAUGAGAUUCGUACUCAUACUAUGAAUGAAGAUGACAUACUGGUCUCAUACAACAUCACAGCUCUUCUUACCAGUGUGCCUUUGGAUGAGACUAUCAAAAUCUUAGUCAACAAAGCCUUCACUGAUGAUUGGUUUAACAAAACCUAUGGCCUUAAUCUGCUACAGGAUCAGCUUGCUAGACUACUCGAAAUUGCCAUAACCAAUCAGCUUUUCCAGUUUAAUGGUCAACUUUACCAACAGAAAGAUGGUGUGGCUAUGGGCUCGCCCCUUGGUCCUCUAAUGGCCAAAGUCUUCAUGUGUCAUCUUGAAGAAAAGCUUACACACAAUGGCUUGAUGCCCCUGCAGUUAUACAAGAGGUACGUCGACGAUACCCUGGCUAGAAUGGCGAGUGCUGAUGCUGCUGCUGAGUUUCUUAGUAUCCUGAAUGGCCUACACCCCAGUCUAACUUUUACGAUGGAGUUUCCUGUGGAUAACAAGAUCCCUUUCAUCGGCAUUGAAAUCGUCAAGAACGGAACUAAACUUGGAACUCAAGUUUACAGAAAACCAACAAACACUGGAUUGCUACUGCACCUCCAAAGUCACACUGAUGUGACACUGUAA